CUCCACUUGUUUCCUAGAACUCCCAAAAAAGUCUCUCUCUCCUCAACCACGAGCCACCCUCUCUGACCUUCUUUCUCUCCUUUAAACCACUUCUCUUUCCUUUCCCUCCUUCUCUCACUGCCGACUGCCUUCGUCGCCGCCACCAAUGGCUUCCCUCCUCCUCCUGCUCUUCCUCCUCUUCUCCAUCACACCAUCUUCAUCUUCAUCAUGUCCUUUAAACUUGUCCUACGUCACCACUCUACCAUGGGACCGCACUUCCUGCAUCCCCUCCACCUCCAACCUCACCGACUGCCGUCAAACUCUCCUCAGCCUCUACGGCAUCGCCCUCGCUCUUCGUCUCCGUUCCACCUCCCAGUUCCGUCUUCCUUCACUCAACUCAUCCAUCGCCUGCCUCUCCACCUUCCAAUCCCAACUCUCCUCCCUUUCCCUCCCUUCCAACCUCGUCUCCACCCACUUCUACUCUCCUUCCUACUUCGUCAUCUCCCCCAACUUCUGCGCCUCCAUACAGACCAAACAAGAUUGGAUCUCCAAGCUCGGCAACUCCACCGAGCUCGACUCUGCCUGCUCCUCCGUCCCCCCUGAUCUCACUAGCUGCGGCCCUUGCUACCGCGCUGGCCUCGACAUCUCCUCCCGUCUCGCCGCUCUUGACGGAAACUCCUCCCAUGUCGAGAAUUGCUUCUAUCUCACCGUCCUCUACGCCGCUGGCAUAUCCAACUCUGUUGGCCCGGAGAACCCUCUUGUCGCCGCCUGCAUCUUGGGCCUCGCCAUCAGCUCUCCCCCUUCUUCCCAUCACCGCUCCCAUGCCGUCCUCUACGCCGCCAUUGGCGCCGCCCUCGGUGUUCUUUUCAUGUCCUUCUUCAUCGUUCUCUAUGUUUGGUGGUCACGCCGCCGCAAGGCGGCGGCGGCGGCGGCGGCGAUGGCUAUGGUGGUCUUCGAUCAAGAAGGAAACCCUAGCUCUCGAUCUCAUCUACGACCAAACACUGGAUCGAUCUGGUUCGAGAUCAGAGAUCUCGAGAAAGCCACCUCCUUUUUCUCCCAACGCAACCUCAUCGGCCGCGGUGGCUACGGUGUCGUCUACAAAGGCGUCCUCUCCGACGGCACUCCGGUGGCCGUGAAGCGAAUCUUAGACUCCGAUUUCGAAGGCGAUGAGGAGUUCCGCAACGAGGUUGAGAUCAUCAGCAAUCUCCGCCACCGCAACCUCGUCCCUCUCCGCGGCUGCUGCAUCACCGACGACCACGACCGCCAACGCUACCUCGUCUACGACCUCAUGCCAAACGGCAGCCUUGAGAACCACAUCUUCAUCGAUGGUGACAAGCGUCCCAAGCUCACAUGGCCUCAGAGGAAGAACAUUAUACUAGAUGUUGCAAAAGGUCUUUUUUACUUGCACUAUGGAGUGAAACCAGCCAUUUAUCACAGAGAUAUCAAAGCUACAAACAUCUUGCUUGAUGGAGAGAUGAGAGCUAGAGUUGCAGAUUUUGGAUUAGCAAGACAGAGCAAAGAAGGCCAGUCUCAUCUCACCACCAGAGUUGCCGGAACUCAUGGAUAUUUAGCUCCAGAAUAUGCAUUGUAUGGACAAUUGACAGAGAAGAGUGAUGUUUAUAGUUUCGGUGUUGUUAUACUUGAGAUUAUGAGCGGAAAAAAGGCUCUAGAUACAUCGGCUUCUUCGAAUAUGGUGUUGAUUACUGAUUGGGCUUGGACAUUGAUUAAGGCGGGGAAGGCUGAGGAGGUGUUGGAUGAGUGUUUGGUUGAGACCGGGGAGGAGAUGGUGAACCCGAAAGGGAUUAUGGUGAGGUUCUUGAUGGUCGGAGUUCUUUGUGCUCAUGUUAUGGUUGCAUUGCGACCUACAAUUGCUGAUGCAUUGAAGAUGUUGGAAGGAGAUAUUGAUCUUCCUUCAUUGCCUGAUCGGCCAUUGCCUCUUGGGUAUGGCCCUGUUCUUGUUGAUGGGAAUACAUUCACUGUUACUUCGCCAAUGCUGAGUGGUCCUUCCUUGAAUUUGGGAGAUAUGUUGAGGUAGCAAGCUCCAAAAUUUAUUUUGGUUUUGUUUUGCUAUUGUUUGUGAUUUGAUUUUAGCACUGCAUUGUGCUUAUGAAAUGUGCAAGGUUGUAAAUAUUUAUGUAGAUUUUGAGCACUGAACUAACUGCGAAUUGUAUUCUUUUGAUACCAAUGUGCAAGUUCAGAAUCAUUUCUGUAUAAAUAACUGCUCAUAAUACUAAUCAUUGCAUGAUAUGCUGUUC